AUGGAUCCCCAUUCCCUGCUCCGAUCCCGAUGGGAAACGGGAUGGGAUAACGCCAAAGAGGGUGAAACCAGGAUUGGGAUUUGCCCCGGAGCACAUUUGGAUGUGUGGAGAGGAUCCCGAUCCCGAUCCAGAUCCAGAUCCCGAUCCAGAUCCAGAUCCCGAUCCGGAUCCGGAUCCCAAUCCCAAUCCAGAUCCAGAUCCAGAUCCAGAUCCCGAUCCCGAUCCCGAUCCCGAUCCAGAUCCAGAUCCCAAUCCAGAUCCAGAUCCCAAUCCCGAUCCCGAUCCAGAUCCAGAUCCAGAUCCCAAUCCAGAUCCAGAUCCAGAUCCAGAUCCAGAUCCCAAUCCAGAUCCAGAUCCCGAUCCCAAUCCAGAUCCCGAUCCCAAUCCAGAUCCCGAUCCCGAUCCCAAUCCAGAUCCAGAUCCCGAUCCCAAUCCAGAUUCAGAUCCCGAUCCAGAUCCAGAUCCAGAUCCAGAUCCAGAUCCAGAUCCCAAUCCAGAUCCAGAUCCAGAUCCGGAUCCGGAUCCAGAUCCCGAUCCCAAUCCGGAUCCAGAUCCCGAUCCAGAUCCCGAUCCCAAUCCAGAUCCAGAUCCAGAUCCAGAUCCCGAUCCCGAUCCAGAUCCCGAUCCCGAUCCCGAUCCCGAUCCUGAUCCAGAUCCAGAUCCCGAUCCCAAUCCAGAUCCCAAUCCAGAUCCAGAUCCCGAUCCAGAUCCCGAUCCAGAUCCAGAUCCCGAUCCCGAUCCCGAUCCAGAUCCAGAUCCAGAUCCCGAUCCCAAUCCAGAUUCAGAUCCCGAUCCAGAUCCAGAUCCCGAUCCAGAUCCCGAUCCAGAUCCAGAUCCAGAUCCCAAUCCAGAUCCAGAUCCAGAUCCGGAUCCGGAUCCAGAUCCCGAUCCCAAUCCAGAUCCAGAUCCCGAUCCAGAUCCCGAUCCCAAUCCAGAUCCAGAUCCAGAUCCAGAUCCCGAUCCCGAUCCAGAUCCCAAUCCCAAUCCAGAUCCAGAUCCAGAUCCCAAUCCAGAUCCCGAUCCCAAUCCCGAUCCAGAUCCCGAUCCCAAUCCAGAUCCCGAUCCAGAUCCCGAUCCAGAUCCCGAUCCCGAUCCAGAUUCAGAUCCAGAUCCCGAUCCAGAUCCCGAUCCAGAUCCAGAUCCAGAUCCAGAUCCCAAUCCAGAUCCAGAUCCCGAUCCCGAUCCAGAUCCAGAUCCAGAUCCAGAUCCCGAUCCCGAUCCAGAUCCCGAUCCAGAUCCCGAUCCAGAUCCCGAUCCCGAUCCAGAUCCUGA